CAACUGGGGUAGUAGCACCCAUUGACUGUUGAGGAGGCAUUGACAUUCCACCACCAGGCCCCAUGCUUCCACUUCGGGGCGCAGGGCUCGGGGCCCCGCCUGGAGCAGACAUGGCCCUGGAUAUCUAAUUUGAGGAGGCGAAAAUGCCUAACCUGAGAGAAAUGAUGGGAAGAUAGUGAGCAGAGGGAUGGUGAAGGUCAAAGUAAACGGGAGCUUUUGCAGCGUCACGUUCUGAUAUUGCACUAUAUCACUUUGGGAUUAGUUUGGUUCCCCGGCUUAGGUAAUCCGAUUCUAGUGUUCCCCAUGCCAACUCACGUGAUGCAAGCUUAGCUGCCUUCGCAUCUUCAUAUUGCAGUCCUAGACGGAGCCUUACCUUUUGUAUCGGCCUUUUCUCUUUGAUUCAUACACAAGCGCAACAAUGGCGGACAGCAAGGAGGCCGGGAAACCAGACCAACUUUUUACAUCGGCGGAUCGCAUACGCCAAUUGAACGAAGUGGACAAGGACGUGGCAAGACUAAUUCAUUCCGCUGGCCUCGCGAUACAAGCCCUCACCAACGCCAGAUCCAGCGACUCGGCAGGAGAUAACUCCCUCGACUCCCACAAAGCUCGUUUCAAAGAAGCUACAUCGCAGUAUUUUGCUCUCCUAUCGUCUAUCGACGUGCGAUUGCGCCGUCAGGUCUACGCCAUGGAAGAGGCUUCUAUACUUGCUCCAGAUUCGUCCUCCAGGACAGGCGAUCUACCUGGCGCGAGCGGGGGAACUGCGGCAGCGGCAAACCCGUUGGAUGUCAGUUGGCUGAACAGCCGAAAGGAUACUGUAGGCAAGGAUAAAGAGGCAGAGCUUUGGGCGGCUGCAAGAGGAUUUGUCGAAAAGAUUAGCAAUCCUGGGGUGCAGGCUGAGAAUAAUCGUGAGGGGAUGGAAGUCGAUUGAUCAUUCAUUUCGCACGCACCCCACUUCGAAAGGAACCAACCGAUAACUCCCAAACAUUGGAUAUAGUUGUUACAAUAAGGUGAUCGAUAUUUGUCACCUUUGCACAACGGUCCAUCCCAGGGGGUAUUCCUAGUCUCACCUUUGCCUCUCUUUUUACUCUUUUUACUGUCUUGCCGAAGACUCAACGAGCCUCGGCAUUUAUGA